AGAAACACUUCGGCGGAAGAAACGUUCCGCCCUCCACGCAGUCGUAUCGUAAAGACGCCAAACGGACAGAUGAAGAAAAUGCCUUAGAGAUCAUGAAAAGUGCUUUACUAACACGUUUUAUUUACAAAUUUACACAGAAACGGAACAGAAAAUAUUUUUAUAUAUACCUUCAUCAUGGCUAGAGGGUUUAUUGACUGUCACUGUCACUUGUCAGCAAAUGAGUUUGCACAGGAUACUGAUGAUGUACUUCUGAGAGCUAAAAAGGCUGGAGUGAAAGCUCUUGUAGCAGUUACAGAGGGAACCAGUGAGUUUGAGAAAGUUAUUCAGCUGUCUAAAAACUAUCCUGGUUUUGUGUUUCCUUGUUUUGGCAUUCAUCCCCUGCAAGAAUCAGGGCAGAACUUGCAUAGUGUCAAGUUUCAGGACCUGGAGCCAUGCCUUCCUUUGUUUCAGAAGUACAGAGAUGAUAUUAUUGCAGUCGGGGAGAUUGGUCUUGACUUUACACCCUGGUUUGCAAACACUGCUCAAGAACGUGAUGAACAGAUAAAAGUCUUUAUUAAACAACUUGAAAUAUCUAAAGAACUGGAUUUGCCAGUAAAUGUACAUUCCCGCUCAGCAGCCAAGGUUACUAUAGCCACAAUGAAAGAACUAGGGAUUAGACAAGCAUUGUUGCAUAAUUUUGCCGGAAAGCCAUCAGUUGCUAUGGAGGGGGUUCAGGCUGGAUUCUGCUUCUCCUUUCCGCCUGCCGUCAGCAAAAACGAGCAGAGAGCAAAAUUAAUCAGACAGAUUCCACUGGAACACAUUUGCCUUGAGACAGAUUCUCCAGCCUUGGGGACUGAGAAACAUGUUAGAAACGAGCCAGGAAACAUAAUGAUCUGCUGUGAAUACAUUGCAAAAGUUAAAGGAAUAUCUUCAGAUGUAGUCAUGGAAGUCACAACACAAAAUGCCCUUCGAUUGUUUUCUAAGUUAAAAGGCUAGAAUUAUUCUACUUAUAUUAUUUUUGUUAAUUUUGGUUAAUAAAGAGCUCACUCAGAAAACAAUUGCACUUAUUGUCUAGAGAUUUUAAGCUUUCUGGAAUUUUGCUGUAAAGGUAUACCAAAGGUAUACUGUAAAAGAGCACAAUACAAUACAAUACAAUAAAAUAGUCCACAGUUUUAUUACCAGGUUGCUUCGUUACACUUUAUUGCUGUCUGAAGAAACACAUUUACUCUUCACAGAGCUUGAUUGCAGUU